AUGUCAAAGUCUACAAAGCCUAUUGAGGUCAAUGCGUCAGGAUCUACAAGACCUGCCACAUUAAAAGAGUCGGCCUCAAAUCCUGGGCCCUACCUGGACAUACUGAUGGCUCUCAAGACCCCUCAGGAUGAAGCAAAACUUACAAGACCUUCGUCAAGCACCCCAAAAACUACCCGCCAAGUGUCUUCUCAAAAAGGAGGAGCAUCAAUUCACCUAGAUACCACACCGGUUCCUGGACGGUGUGUCCCAAUGGCCGGUUCCGAUUGCCAGAUUAUUCCUCCAAGCUCCCAGAUGGAUCCCCGGGUUCACGAGUUUGAAAAGUUUGCUAAUUUGCAAAGUCAACUCGAUGAAAAAGCACAAAGACUCGUCAAAGCCGAAGCACAGAUCAAACGCCAAUUUUCACAGCUAUGCAAGACUGAAGACGACAUCCACGCGAGAGAUGAGAAGAUCAAAGCCUGUGAACAAUUUCUUGCGAGUCUCAGAUCUAAUGUCGCAGAAGCAAAGAAAACCAUGGAAGCCAACAAUGCCUCGAUCAUCAAAGCCGCCAAGGACAAGGCUCGAAAGGACGAAGACAAGAUCACGGAUUUGCAGAGACGGCUUGCCAUCAAGGAAAAGAAUGAGGAAUUCCUCAAAGGACGACUCAUGCAAUCCGAGAAGGACGGAAAGGCCAGAGAAGCCACGAUGGAAGGCCUUAUUGUUGAAAACCGAGACCUAAUCUUUGAAAAUCAAGACCUGAAUCUUGAAAUAGAAGACAUGGCCCUUGAAAAACAAAACAUGGCCCUUGAAAUGGAAAAGGAAAACGCGAUGUGGCAGGAGGAUUGUAGGAUUCAAAAGCUGAAGUCCGUCGAUUUAGAGGCAAGGUGCCUCGACGCCGAGAAAGCCAAGCGGGCCGCUGAAGAUGAGCUCCGAAAAGUCAAACAAGUGGCGGAGGGAGACAGAAUUGUGAAGGAAUACCUGCAAGACGAGCUCUCUAUAACUGAAGACGAGACCGACGAACUCCUAACAGAGAGAAACGAACUCCAAAGCAAGCUCAAAGCAGCAGAGAAUGAAAUCGAGCGGCUCAAGUGUGACUUGGCGACAUGCCGGGUCGGUCUCAAUCAAGCCGAAUGGGCGAUGGAGUCCCUCAAGUAUCCCCCAAUAGAAGUUCAAGAGGAGGUUCAGUGGGAAGACCUACAAGAGGGAGAACCUCAAACUGACGACGAGGAGGAUUACUACGAGGAAUCUUCCGAAUCAGAGGAGGAGGAGGAAGAAGAUGAGGAGGAAUAUGAGGAGGAUGAGGAGGAAUAUGAGGAUGAGGAUGAGGAAGAUGAGGAAUGUGGAUGGGUUAUGCCUUAA